AUGGUCAAACAUCUUACUUUGACCAGCCCUCACAUUUUUAAUUCACUGAUUGAUGCUUUCAAUAAAGAUAUGAAGGUGGGCUAUUCAAAUGCUAUUUUUGGGAAGAUGUUGAAAUGUGGCGUGACUCCUUCUGUGGUGACUUACACAAUUCUAAUUGAUGGGUAUUUAAGGGAAGGUAAUUUUGAUCAAUCUUUAAAAGUUUUUGAAUCAAUGAAACUUUGUAAUUGUCCUCCAAAUGUCUACACAUUCACGAUUUUCAUCGAUGCAUUAUGUCAAAAUGGUAGAAUGGAUGAAGGAUUAAAGCUUCUUGAAACCAUGCGUGAUACGGGUGUAUCUCCAAAUGUUGUUACUUAUACUAUAUUGAUUAAAGCUUAUGUUAAAUCGGGUGAGUUGGAUCAUGCAUUUGGAAUCUUGAAUGAUAUGGUAAAAGACAAGUGUCCACCAAACUUUGAGACUUUUUCUUCAUGGCUUGAAGGAUUAGUUAUCUCCAUCAGUGGUAAAACUAAAAAUAAAAAUGCUUCUUUUACUGUGUUUAAAGAAAUGAAUGCUACUCAUAGCGUUGAGUUUUUACAAAAGGCCAAGAAACAUGGUGUUAAGGAUUCGGAUGUUAAUAGUUUCUUGAUCAUGGGGUUGUAUAAAGUGGGACGAAUAGUUGAAGGCUAUGAAUUGGCUCAAGAAAUGGUGAGAAAUGGCUACUUUCCUGACAUUACUUCAUGUUCUCAGAUUCUUGAACACUUGUGUCACGAAGGGAAAUAUGAUGAUUGUGUAGUGUGGAUGAAGAUGAUGUUUGAUCAUGGGCCUAUGCCAUCUUUUGAAUCAUGUUGUUGUUUAUUUCAUGGUCUUCGAAAGGAAGGGAAGAUUCGGGAAAUGCAAGAUUUGAUGUCUGAUCUUUUGUGGAAAGCUGGUGUUGAGGACAAAGAUGGAGUUUUAUCAUACAUGGAAUCUUUGUUACAUUGUGAUGAACAUGAUGAAUGCCUUGAGCUUCUAAAAGUUGUUGAAGAACUUAACCAUCAAGAGAGACCAAUAAUCUAA